AUGUCAAACUAUGAAUACAAUGCCGCCCUUAUUGGUACCGGAACCAUCGGGUUAUCAUUUGCAGCUCUGCACCUCAUGACAAUCUCGGCAUCGGGAGGGAAAACAAGAGUUAGCAUCUAUGACCCUCGGCCUCAAUUAAAGGAGUAUAUCGAUGAGACUCUACCAGGCUACCUCUCAAAUGUCUGGGCAUCAACUGCCCAAAAAGCGUCGUACGCAACGGCCCCUACCGUGUCUUCGCUGCUCGAAUCCGGGCAACUCGUGCUUGCCGAGACCCUGGCCGCCGCGGUGAAAGACGCCGACCUCGUGCAGGAGCAAGGGCCGGAGAACGUAGCCUUCAAGCAGAAAAUAUGGGCCGAAAUCGAAGCCAAUGCUCCGAUAUCGGCUCUAUUCUGGACGAGUACAUCCGGGAUUACCGCAUCCACCCAAGGGGCCCUGAUGCUGCAGCCGGAGAGACUGCUCGUGUUGCACCCCUUCAAUCCCCCGCAUAUCAUGCCUCUCCUCGAACUAGUCACCUCCACCUCAGGUGCGGAUAAGGCCUCGACCUCGGGUGAGAAGACGGAGGAGGAUGUACUCGUACAAAGAACUCUGGCCUAUUGGAAUUCGCGAGGUCGACAGCCCGUCAUCUUGCGUAAGGAAGUAACGGGAUUUGUUGCCAAUCGAUUGGCCAUGGCCUUACUACGCGAAGCCGCAUAUCUCGUCGAGCAGGGCGUCGCAUCGGCAGCAGAUAUCGACCGGAUUGUCGAGCAAAGCCUGGGACCACGCUGGGCUGUCCAUGGUCCAUUCUGGAGCUACCAUGCCGGAGGAGGGGCCGGACAGGGACUGGGGGCCUUUUUUGACAAGAUCGGCGGAACGGUGCAAGCAUGUUGGGAUGAUGCAGGGAAGGUAAACCUCGGCGAAGGGGAUUGGCAGGAGAGGCUGGUGAAGCAGGUUGAAGGGGCAUAUGGAGUCUUGGGUGAGAGUCAGUUGAAGGAUCGAGACGACAAAAUGAAGCAAAUUUUGGACGUGACUAUGCAGUAG